CCGGCCCCUCCUCCCGCCCCGCCCACUGCCCACCGCCGGCCCACCCGAGAAGUUGUAUGGACAUCGGAGGCUGUACAAUCCAAGGACUGAUAAGAAAGUCUUCAAGAAAAAUGCUCGUGGAUCCUACGCCAAAGAAAGCUUUACCUGUGCUAAUAACACAGUAUAUGAAACUGGCGAAGUGGCUUUCGCGAGUUACAAAAAAUUAUGUGAUGACAAUACAUGGACUGGCAUCGUGAACAAUUGGUACGAUAGUUUUAAUAGCAGUACAAAUCGCACUCAAAAGCUCAAUGACAACCGAAAUGUAAAUAUUGAAUCUGAAGCUACCCAACCGUUACUAAAUAUGGCUUUUCAUAAUAUUGAAUGUUAUAAAGGUGACUAUGAUUCAUUUCAAGAAAACGUUAAUGACUUUCAUCAAUUUAAUGUUAAUAAUAGAAAUAAUAAUGUAGUAGAAGUGAAAAUCAAAUAUCGUAAUAUCACCAAGGGACUGGUGCCGCCGAGUCACUCACUUAUAAACAAAAGAAAUAUAAGGAGUCUCACUAUUGGCGUGUCGAGUAAUUUUCGAGACCCCAAUGAAUCUGGCAUUAAAACAAUUGAAAUAAUAAAAAGCACUCAAUGUGACCCAAAAUCAUCACAAUCGGGCCCUAAUCGUAAGGAACGCAAAGUAAAAUCUAAAUUUCCAUCAGCUCAAGGUGACAAAAAUAACCCGAAAAUGUCACAGAAAAAGUGUCAAGUUUCUCAAAAUAUUCUUGAUAAACAAUACGCCUACAAAGGCUUUACAACGAGUAAAAUUAAUGAAGAUAAAGGUGUUUCUAUCGAUAAAGAAUGUGUAAAUCUCAAGCUUAAUGCAAGCAAUCAAGAUCCUGAAAUAACAUCAACAGGACCUGAUGCUUUUGAACGUGCGGUAUCCCGUGCCCUCGAAGCUAAAACAGCUGACGACAGCACAGAUUCCAUAGCAAAUGUAAACAAAAUAUCUCAAGAGACUAUUGAAAAAAGUGCACCGCCUAAAGCUUUGUCCAAGAUAGAUCCAAAGGAAGUAUCGUCUACUGUUGAGGUGGAUUCUGCAAUUCCGUUUAGUUGUAUCACAACCCCCGAGAUUGUGUCCAGCUGCAACACGACUACAUCGACCACACAGUCCGACGCCAUCGACCAAAAGCAACCUCGCAGCGUGAUUUCGAGUAACUUCAAUGGACUACCGCUCACUCGACCCAACUACGGCUCCACCGCCUCGACCACUGACGAGUACAAGAAAUCUCUAGACGAAAACGGCAAUGCAGUACAAGGAUUCAAUUCACCUCUAUCGGGCUCUAGUCAGCACAAGAAACCUCGAAGAAAGAAAUCGUCCAAAAACGAGACCGUCAUUAAAUCUCACCAGAUCGACGGCUACCAGGGAAAUAAGGAUCUCAACGAAGUCCUCCGCUUCAUCGAAUCGAACGCGGACGGCGCGCGCGCCCACAAACUCGGCAGAGCCAAACACAAGGACGACUCCGACGACAAGUGCACCAAAAAACGAUCGACCGAACGACGCAAGGACAAGGAGAGCAAGAUCAAGCGCGCCACCUCCAUGGAGGAGCUCUCCCGGACGAAGCUCGAGGACCUAACCGAUACCGACCCUCCGCUCCGCGCGGGCAAGGCGCGCGGUCCCGACGCGGCGCCCGCCAAACCCGAGCGGCGCUCGUGGGGCGACGACGCCCGCGCCGCGCUGCUGAUGCGCCCCGAGCCGCCCGCCGAUGCCGACGCCGCUGAUCCCGCCGCCGAGCUCACCGACUUCCAGACCGUCACCAAGAAGCGGAAGCCGCGCCGCCGCACCGACGAGGCGGAGCGCGAGCCGGCCACCGAGCCCGCGCCGCGCCGCCGCCCGCCCUCGCCCCGCGCACGCCGCAUCUCCGCACCGCCCUCCGACCGUAGCAACGACUCCAACGACGAUAUGGACUCCGUGCACUCGCUGCCGGCGGCCGGCACCCGCGCGCGGCACCCGCUGCCCGCGACCGCGGCGGCCCCGCCUGUGCCGCCCGCGCUCCCGGCUCCUCCCGCACCCGCCCCGCCCGCCUCGUACGCGGACAUCGCGCGGACCCGCCACAACAUCCCCGACCUCAUCGAGUCGUGCAACUUCUACGGCGAGGGCGAGGCCGAGAGCGCAGUCGGGGCGCGGGCGACGCGCGCGGACAGCGAGUACCCGGCGCUGGCGGGCGGACGGCGUGCGCGCGACAAGGCGGCGGGCGGCGGCCCGGCGGGCGAGGCGCCGGCGCCAGACGUGGUGGCCGACCGGCGGCCGGCCGUGGUGCUGCUGGCGGCGGGCGCGCGUGCGCGGGAGCUGGACGGCGUGACGUUCGGCUUCGACGUGAACGAGCAGCUGCUGGGCGGCGCACGCGCGGACGUGGUGCGCGACGCGGAGGCGGUGGGCGUGCGAGCGGGCUGUGCGGUGCUGCGCUACCUGCCACCGCCCGCGCACACCGCACACCACACACACCUCAUUGUCGACUACGUGCAAGCCGCUUGGGAAGACAUUAUGAAGUGCGGCAGCGGUAAAGUGAAAUAUUACAGCGACUAGUGCGAUC